AUGAGCGCUACUCUAUUUAUAAAGAAUUCAAAUGAUAAUUUUAUUUUAGUCAAAGUAUAUAUUGAUGAUAUAGUCUUUGGAUCUGGUGAUGAAUCUCUUUGUGCAGAAUUUACAAGCUUAAUGACAAGUGAAUUUGAUAUGAGUCUCAUGGGUGAACUAACCUUCUUUCUCGGGUUGCAAAUCAACCAAAUAAAGGAUGGAAUCUUUGUUCAUCAAGAAAAAUAUGCUAAAGAGUUAAUAAACAAGUUUGGAGUGAAACUUGUUAAGCCGAUGAGCACCUCUAUGCAUCCCUCUACAAAGCUAGAUAAAGAUGAAAAUGCAAAGGAUGUUAAUGAGACAAGAUCUGACAUAAUCUUUAGUGUGGAGCUGCUUUCAAGAUUUCAAUCCCAACCUAAAGAGUCUCACUUAAGUGCGGUGAAGAGAAUCAUUCGAUACAUCCUUGGCCCUACAAAUUAUGGGUUAUGGUAUCCUAAAUCUGACUUUUUUAGUUUAAUUGGAUAUUCAGAUGCUGAUUUUGCAGGUGAUAGAGUAGAUAGGAGAAGCACAAGUGGUAUUUAUUGCACCAUUGGAAAUGCCUUAAAUAUGUGA